AUGAGAGACACAACCAAUUUCAUCAACUACAGUAGGCGUAAGUGUCCACAGCUCUUCUUCACGUCUGUGCCUCAGUAUGAAAUACAUGCAUAUCUACUGGACAUGCUUCUGGAUGCUCAACAGCCAGCACUUCUUGUGGGAGAGUCUGGCUCUGGCAAAACAAUGCUGUGCAAGUCUUUAAUAUCACAAGCAAGACCACACAUGCAUUUACAAGCUAGUCCAGGCCUUCACCGUUCUGACUUGUGCAAGGCACUCAAGAAAUGUAUAUACCAGGAUAAUCAAAUAAACAACACGAAGGUCUUAAAGCAGCCAGACCUUCUUCUGUUCAUUGAUGACCUAAAUGAAGCACCAUUUGAUGCUUAUGGAAAGACAUCAAUGACUCUAGAGACAUUGCGUCAAUGUAUUUCUAGAGGUGAAGUGUUGAUAUCCGAUGACACUCACUUCAAGCUGAUCCAAUCAAGAGCAAUUCAUUUUCUAGGCACUUGCAUUGCUCCCAAUGCAGGCAAGAACGGUCGGAUGUCUCCACGGCUCUCUCGACUCUUCACCACGUUGUCUCUCCCAAGCAUGACUUCUGAAAUCCUGUUUUCUAUUCAUUCCUCGAAAUUGCAAACAUGGCUGAAAGAAAUACAACCCAUGCAGAGGGUUGCAGAUAUAGCAAACGACAUCAUAACCUCAACUCUUGACAUGUAUUUUUCCGUGCGUACAUGUUUUAAUGCUACGUCACAUAGUCCAAACUUCAUCUUUUCUUUCCAUGAUAUUCAUAAAGUGUUUCAAGGGAUGUACCUUUGGAGGCCAAGGCUUGGUGUCCAGCAGGCUCUUCAGAGCAGUGUGGGUUUUAGGAGUUUCUCUUCAGCUGAGAAAAAUCUUUUUCCAUCUGUUGUUGGUCAUGUAGCUGUUGAUCUCCACAUUGCCCGUCUGUGGAUGCAUGAGUGCUUGCGCACUUUUGGUGAUCGCCUAGCUUCAGGGGAGGCAUGUGGAAAAUUUAUCUCAAUUUUAGCUGAAGUUUCUGAGAAGAAUUUUGGCACGAGAUUGUCAGCUGAUUCCCAAACACCUUCAGAAGAUACAUCAAGCCCUACAGAUCAAUCAUCUGUGUCAAACAAACAUAGUGGAAGCCAGCAAUGGGAUUCAACCCCUUCCCAGUUGGAAGAGAAUGUGAUUCCUUUGCUUGGAAGUACAGAAGUUCAGACAGAGAGGGAAGAGAGCUAUGUUGUAGACAGCUUGUUUAGCCCAGGAAUUGGUGAGGAUGGAUCCUCAUUCAGUGGAGAUGGACAUGUUGAGAGAGAACCAGGAACAUCCGAGAGUAAAUCUGAAUCUGCAACUGAAUCCUCGAGUUGUUCAUUUCAAAUGAUGUUUUCUUCUAAUUCUGAAUCUGGUGAAAACAUAAAUCAAAAACCAGCUGCACGUGACGAGUUUCUGCAGCUUCUACAGGAAACAACUUCUUCCAUCCAGAAUGUGAUCUUCAGUCCAGAACUUUGUGAGCCAUUGAACGACAUUCUUCGGCAUCAUCAUUUUAAACGCAACUGUGUGUAUCUGGAAAGAGAUGUAGAUAUGUUGAUGGACCAACUGGUUCAUACUAUUGAAAGCAGAGAGGAAAAUAAAAUGCAUGACACUUAUUACAGUCCUAAAUGGGCUGUGCAUCACCAGAACAUACAUCAGCUUGUGCAUGUCAUCCGAGCUUUUCUUAUUCCUGGUGGACACGGAGCUCUGUUUGGAGCAACAAAGAAAGCAGGCAGAAAGACAACUGUUCGUCUAGCAGCUGCUCUGACAGGAUACCAACUAAUUGAGGUUCAUCCUGGAAAUGAGACCAAGUUGUGGGAAAUGAUGAAAGAGGUUUGGAUCGGAACUGGGGUGGAUGCCGGAUAUUUGGUUUUACUAGUUCAUGAGAACACCAGCCAGGCUGUUAAGGAUGAACUGCUGGUAAUGAUGGCGAAUGGAAUCUUGCCUGGACUGUUUUCAGAUGAAGAACUGAAGAAUGUGAAGCUAAGGAUGAAAACAUGGAGUCAUUUGAGGGAUUUGGAGACGCAUGUCAACAAGGCUGUGAGUCUCUGCUGUUGUGUAGAAGUGUAUCAACCUUGGACCUUGAAGUCUUUCGCUGAAAGUGCCUUGUAUCAUUUAAAAGCCAGUGAGCAGAUACCAGAGACAGAAAUUGCCAAGGAUAGCUUAGCUUAUAGUAUUUCUAAGGCGAUGGCAGGAAUACAUCUAUCGGCUACAGAAUACGCUGUCACACUGCUUCAUUUUCAACCGUUUGGCCCUCAGUCCUACAUAGAGCUGAUGGAUCGCUUCUUCUUUCUCUGCCGGCACCUCUUUGAGCAAAGCGGAGUUCAGUACAACCGGUUGGCAAAAGUGCUAGCAGAUGUGAAGGUCAUGACCGACACAGCUGCAAGGGACACUCAGGACGUUCUGAGCUUUAGAGCCAAAUGUGACGCAAAACAGAAGUGUCUAGACCAGCUGGAGAGAUCGGUGGAUGCGUCACAAAAAACCUGGAAACAAACCCAUCACCAAAGUUUGUGGGAAGAAAAGUUGCUUUCCAAUCUAGAGAAUGAGUCACAUCGAGUUCAGCAACAAGUUCAAGAUGCCUUUAAACAGGUGAGUCCACUGUACAGAGCGGCUGUGGAUGCACUGCAGUCUUUGAGCCAGUCUGACUUGGAUGAGAUGCGGCACUACAGGAUGCCGCCUGAUGGAGUCGUCAUGGUCAUGGACAUUAUAUGCAUGUUAUUCAACCGUCCAUGUGGCUGGGACAGUAGCAGACAACUUUUGGUGCAAUCCAGCUUCUUUCAGGAUCUGGAAUUUUUCGACUGCUCUAAAUUAACAGAUGAAAUGAUUCAAAAGUUGGGUCAUAUUACACAGGCACCAGCCUUUCAGCCAAGCUCUGUGCGACAUGUGAGCCGAGCUUGUGAAUCUUUGUGUCGCUGGGUGACAGCAGUAUACAAGUAUGCUUGCGUACAGCGCCACAUGGCACCACAAAAAGCUAAAAAGUGCAAUUUAGAUGAGCUCAUGGCUGAGACUCUAGCGCGCUUGAGGGUUACGAGGCUACAGGAGGAGUCAGAGCGGGAAAGACUAGUUGAAUUGGUGAGACAACAGGAGCUCAACAGACGAGACAUGGAGUUGCUGAAGGCCCAGCUUAGUACCGCAGAGGCUCAAGAGAGAGAGUCGUGUGCUGCUCUCAAACUGGUUGAACAUCACAUUAAAUAUUGGACAUCAGAAGGAAAGGAAGCAGAGUCGGCUAAACAGUGCAUUGCAGGUGACGCCCUGAUUUUGGCAGCUGCUGUUACUUACUUGGGUCCGUUCGGGCCUGAUGUUCGACAAGAGCUGCUCCAGAAGUGGCACAAACUUUGUCUGACUGGUGAAAUUCAAAUGAAACCGGAAUACCCAAAUGCAGCACUUUUCACUGAUGCCCCAAUCACAACUUGUGAACACUCUGUGGCCAUUCCCAUCAGUAAGACAUUUCAAAUUAGUUUAAAUCGAAUACUUGGACUAGAUCUGCAUCGCAACCAUGGAGAUUCCUCUGAUCUGGUCCGAAGUGUUCUUCACUGGGGGAACAAAGUUGCUUGGGCUCAGCGCUGCCCUCUACUAGCAGAUCAUCAUAAAGAUGAGGAACCUCAGACGUGGUCUCCUCCUGGUCGAUAUACAAGAGGUGAAGAAAAAGGUUAUAAGGAGGAUAAAUAUGGACUUAUAGUUUCUGCUGAUGAUCCAGAGUUACUUGAUAAAUUAAAUCACGGAGCAAAAAAAGGUCUAAGAGUGUUGGUGACACAUAUUGAAAGAGCAAUAUCAAACCUACAAAUCCUUCAGGAGUUUGUUACACCAGCCAGUUCUCCUGGUCAAAGCCACUCAGUUAGAACUGCUUAUCCUGACUUUCAACUUGUAAUGAGCUCUUCCCUUCCAGUUCGAACUCUGAUACAUGAAAUUCACCCUUCUUUUCUGGAGGAGGUUCAAAUGAUUGAUCUUUCUCCAAGCACAUCUGAAGUCCGGGACAUUAUUUUGACAGAACUGAUGCAGACCGAGUGUUCAGAACUGUGGAAACAACAUCAGCAAAUACAGACAAAAAAACAGAUGCUUCAGUAUAAACUUUUUCAAAACAAGAUUUCCUUGAUGGAGUAUGUCAUGCAUGCAUCUGCACCACUUCUCCAGGACCCUGAGUUCCUUCCACAUGUCUAUACAUGUCAGAGUGUCUCUAUUGAACUUGAGACAGAAAUCAAGGAGCUAUCUCAAGAGAUAGAUCAGCACAAACCCCUGAUGGAUGAUUUUUAUCAAAUAGCAGAGCUCACCUUAUCCCUUUACAAUGCUCUUCAGGACGUGGCCCGACUUUCACCAUGUUAUCUUUUCACUCUUCACGGAUUCCUGCACACGUUACGGUCAGCUUUAGCUCUGGAGAGCCCAGACGUGAGGUUUCACCGAGAGAUAGUGCCCAGAGCUGUCAUAUCAGAGAUUACCUACAGGAUUGUGACUCAUGUCUUUUCUCAGUAUAAACCCCGCUUGUUCCAGACCCAUUCGGCUUUAUACAGAUUACUGGUAUCUGUUGCCGUUAUUGUGCACAAUGAGGGCUGCCCUGAAGUAGAACGACUCACUUUCCUCAAAGGAUUAAGCAAUUGGAAAUGUUUUUUAUCACCAUCCACACACUCUAUCCCAAAGCUGCCAAGCUGGAUUCAAACACACUCUCGUGAUGAUGUCUAUCUAUUAGAGAUGAUUGCACCCUUCAGGGGUCUCGUGUCAUCUCUGGUAAAUUCGUCCAAUCUAUGGCGGGAAUACAUGCGGUUUCCCUCCUCCACAGUGAUUGGACCAGUACCUUGUCAGUCUCACUCUCAUUUGUCCACAAUGCAGCGGGCUAUUCUCUGGAAGACGCUGUGUCCUCAUUGGCUAGCAGCUGUGGAAGAGGACCUUACAACCUGUGCGCAAGGACAUAUGCUGCAUUCAUUUGCUGAAGACCCUCCAAUGGGCUCUGUGGAAAUGAUCUCCAACCUUUUGUCCAAGCAUGAAGGUCCUGUAGUUGUACAUUUACCAGAUAAAAAUGAAGUGCCUGUAAGCGUCGACCCUCUCCACUUGAUUAAACAAGUUGCUCAGUGCCAAGCAGACAACAAAGGGGUGAAGCUGAGUGUUAUUUCUUUUGGAUCUGGUUGUCAUCGAGAUGCCGUUCUUUUGGCACUGGACAGCGCUGUCCAAAAUGGCCACUGGUUGGUACUGAACAACUGUCAUCUGCUGGACUGUUGGGAUGUCAGAGUUUUGAACAAGUUAACACAAGUAGUGUCCUGCACUACAAAAGAUUUGGAGACAGAUGGUGGGCUUCUUCCAAGCGGUGGAAGUGCAGAAAAACCUGUGCAUCCCCAGUUCAGACUGUGGCUCAUAACUAAAGGUGACAGACCUCACUCAGUCCCAGCUGCUGUUAGGAUUAGAGCCCUGCAUGUGGUGUGCGAUUCCUCCUGGGACCUGAAGGAUGAAUUGUGGUCCUCAGUAAAACAGACACUCUUCUUCUCUCCUGAAGACACUGUGCACAUUCAGUGUGCCAUCCUGCACUCUGUCCUGCUGCAGAGACAAGCAUUCAAACACCUUGGUCAAGGACAGCUUUAUCUUUGGACUCAGGAAGAUCUACUUGCUCUGAUUGAUGCACAUCACCGCGUAACCAAACACUGUAGUGAUCCAACUGGAGCAUUAGAGUACAUAGCAGGUCACCUGGUUUAUGGGAGCCACGUGUCAGACCACGUUGAUCUAGCAGCUGUGCAGAGUGUGGUUAGGGCAUGUCUAAGUCAGCCGUCUACAUUAUGGGGACGUGGGCAACACAUUCUUUCAGAUAUCAAUAACUUUACAGGAAGAUUUGAAAAUGGGGGCCUAUUGAAAGACUUGAGACAUCGUAUUCAAUGUAUCACUAGCAGUACGGACCCGUUAAUUCUGGGCUUUAGUCCAGGUAUGGCAAGUGAACUGGUGAAACUAAAAAGUCAUGCCCUCAACAUUCAACUGCAGCAGUCACAGAACAUCUAUGCUGAUGUCAGAGGAGACACCAGUCUUGUUUUAAGGCAACCCCAAGUGCUUCUAGAUUAUAGAUCAUCUUGGGAAAGAUUGCUCUCUUUACAAGACAAGCUGAAGAAAAUUCACAUUGGCAUGGGAAUGGAAUCUGUUUCUCUUGGUCCGUUGCGUUGUUUCUUCCAGGCAGAGUGGGACCGUCUGGAUUCGCUGGUGUCUUCCCUCCUUUUGAACAAUUUUCAGCCAGGUAAAUAUAACAUGACAAGCUCCACUGCUGCAUAUCUAACAUCAUCAGCUCUCACAUGUCUGGAGACUCAAGCAGACCUGCUCAGGUCAUACCUGUGGGAGAAGUCAUCCAGUGCUGCGCCUCAUGUUUAUCGACUGGCUGCCUUUCUCAAUCCCAGAGGCUUUCUGGUAGCGCUGAUCAGAGAUGCAGCCCACAUCCAAAAGAAGGAUAUCAGUCUUUACUCUUUGCAUUUCAAGGUGCUAGAUGAUACGGGAUCACCAUCAUCUCCACCCCCAAGUGCUAUAUGUCUGUCUGGACUGGAGCUGCAGGGGGCGCUGUGGGAUGCAGGUUCUGGAGUUCUUACAGACACUCACUCCCCUAAACGUUCACCUUUCCCACCCCUCUGGGUCAGUGUUGUAGAAAGCAAACGUGACAGGAUCUGUUCCUCUGAAAGCUCACGGUGUAAUUCCUCAUCCAUGUACUACUGCCCCCUGUAUGUAGACAGACAAACUGCAAAUGAGGGUCAGGGUCUCUCUGAUGACAAUACAAUCACACAUGUUCCACUUGCAACAAGGUUAGAUCCAAUGCUCUGCUCAAUGAGACGUGUUCGGUUAACCAGUACUCUUUUACAAUAAACCCUGUAAGGUAUGGUUUAUGCUCUAUGAAAAAAAAAAAAAAGUAAAAUUUAUAUUGUAACGUUAUAGCAAAAUAUUUAACUUGCAGAUGGGUAAAGAAAUGUAAUAAUCUUUUAGAGAAAAUGUGAAAAUGUAUAGCAGAACUAUUGUUCGUAAUAUCAUAUAUUUUUGUUGGUGUAGUAUUUACGUUUUCUGUAAUUUUGUUUAUGAAAUUAACCACGAAAUAAAGCAAGAAAUUAACAAUAUACUGUAGUUGGCUUAAACCAAGGUUGCUCACUUUUGGACAUUUGUGUAGAGCUCAGUUCAAGUCAUCAAAUUCAGUUUUCAUAACAGCCUUCUACCUCAACACCUUACAGAUCUGUGUGGGUGAAAGCCUGUCGAGAAAGUCUCCAUGUCUUGU